AUGGCGGACAGAAAAGUACUUAACAAAUAUUACCCACCUGAUUAUGAUCCUUCUAUUAUUCCUCGUAUGAAGCGUGGUAAAGAGCGUCAGCAGCAAGUCAGGCUUAUGACUCCUUAUAGCAUGCGUUGCUUAAAGUGCGGUGAUUUCAUCUAUAGGGGUAAAAAAUUCAACGCGCGUAAAGAAGAAGCUGUCGGUGAGGAUUACUUUGGUGUAAAGGUGUUCAGAUUCUACAUCAAAUGUCCCCUUUGUUCCUCUGAAAUUACAUUCAAAACUGAUCCAAAGAACACGGAUUACGCUGCAGAGCAUGGUGCAACGCGUAACUACGAUAAUUCUAUUCAAAGGGAGCCAAAGAAAGAUCUAGAUGAAUUAGCUAAAGUUGAUGAUGAUCACCCAGAAGAAGUUGAGGAAGAUCCUAUGAAGCAAUUAGAACAGCGCACUCUCGAUUCUAAGCGUGAAAUGGAAAUAAUGGAUGCUUUAUCUGAUAUACGCACACGUAACGCUAAGAAUGAGAGACUUGACGCUCAAGAUAUUCUCGAUAAAGUUGGUAAACGUUCUACCCACGAGUUGAACGAGGAAGACGUACAAAAGAUUCAACUCGAGCAGCAGGAUGAGGAUGAAGUGGCAAAAGUCUUUGGUAAACUUAAACGUGGCAAUGAUGAUGAUGAUCACUCGGCGCAAGUAAACGUAAAACGCAAGCUCGAUGAACCUACGCUUGAAUCACUACUCUCUGAAAAGGCUAAAGCGAGUAUUGGAGUAUCAAAAUCAUCAUCGGGAGCGGUCCAACCAUCAAACACAGCACACUCAGCACUUCCCCGGAAAAAGGAGAGCAAGCUAGGUGUUAAGCUUGGUGUUAAAGUGAAAAAGUGA